GAGCCGUUUGAGGACGGCCUGGCCAAUGGAGAGGAGCCAUCAGCAGCCGAGGAGGCGGCAGCUUUGAUGGCCAAGGAGGCAAAAGGAGGAACCGUCAAGUUUGGUUGGAUCAAAGGAGUCCUGGUGCGCUGCAUGCUGAACAUCUGGGGGGUGAUGCUCUUCAUCAGAAUGUCCUGGAUCGUUGGACAGGCUGGAAUUGGAGGCGCGUACUACCUGAUCUCCAGAAGUCUGGGUCCUGAAUUCGGCGGAUCCAUUGGUCUCAUCUUCGCCUUUGCGAACGCAGUGGCCGUGGCCAUGUACGUCGUUGGCUUUGCUGAGACCGUUGUCGAGAUGCUGAACGAUGUCGACGCUCUGAUGACCGAUGAGCUGAACGACAUCCGGAUCGUUGGGACUCUGACCAUCAUCCUGCUGCUGGGGAUCUCUGUGGCCGGCAUGGAGUGGGAGGCCAAGGCCCAGAUCGUCCUCCUUGUAAUCCUGCUGGCAGCCAUUGUCAACUUCUUUUUAGGAACCUUUAUGCCAGCAGACAACAAAGAGCCCAAAGGAUUCUUUGGCUACCAAGCUGCCAUCCUCUUGGAGAACUUUGGUCCAGAUUUCAGAGACGAGGAGACGUUUUUUUCUGUGUUUGCCAUUUUCUUCCCUGCAGCCACCGGGAUCCUGGCCGGAGCCAACAUCUCCGGUGAUCUCAUUGACCCUCAGUCUGCAAUCCCUAAAGGAACCUUGCUGGCCAUCCUCAUCACAGGAGUCACCUACGUGGCCGUUGCUAUCUCCACAGGUUCCUGUAUCAUUAGAGAUGCGACCGGAGAUCAGAACGACACGGUGAGCGACACGGUGAACUGCACCGACGCCGCCUGCAAGCUCGGAUACGACUUCUCCAUCUGCAAGGAGGGCGGCUGCCAGUUCGGCCUGAUGAACGACUUCCAGGUGAUGAGUCUGGUGUCUUUCUUCAGUCCUCUCAUCACUGCAGGGAUUUUCUCAGCCACGCUCUCCUCAGCUCUAGCUUCUCUGGUCAGCGCUCCCAAAGUUUUCCAGGCUCUGUGUAAGGACAACAUCUACCCAGGUCUGGGUGUGUUUGCUAAAGGAUACGGUAAAAACAACGAGCCUCUGCGUGGUUACGUCCUCACCUUCUGCAUCGGCCUCGCCUUUAUCCUUAUAGCUGAGUUGAACAUCAUCGCUCCCAUCAUCUCUAACUUCUUCCUGGCGUCGUACGCUCUCAUCAACUUUUCUGUUUUCCACGCCUCCAUGGCCAACUCACCAGGUUGGCGUCCCAGCUUUAAAUACUACAACAUGUGGGUGUCUCUGGCGGGCGCCAUCCUGUGCUGCGUUGUGAUGUUUGUCAUCAACUGGUGGGCCGCCCUCGUCACUCUGCUCAUCGUCCUUGCGCUCUACAUCUACGUCAGCUACAAGAAACCAGAUGUAAACUGGGGUUCUUCUACUCAGGCUCUGAUCUACAACCAGGCUCUAACACACUGCCUGAACCUCUCCGGAGUGGAGGACCACGUCAAAAACUUCAGGCCGCAGUGUUUAGUUCUGGCCGGUUAUCCAAACUCCCGUCCGGCUCUGCUGCAGCUGGUUAAUUCUUUCACUAAGAACGUCAGCCUGAUGGUCUGUGGCCACGUCAGGACUGCGUCUCGUCGACCAAACUUUAAGGAGGUGUCCCAGGAUUAUGCUCGCUGUCGGCGCUGGCUCAGCAAGAAACGCAUCAAGGCCUUUUAUGCUCCUGUGUUUGCCGACAACUUGAGACAAGGGACACAGCUGCUCCUGCAGGCUGUUGGUUUGGGUCGCCUGAAGCCCAACACGCUGGUCAUGGGGUUCAAAAACAACUGGAGCGAUGGAGACAUGAGAGACGUGGAGAAUUACAUCAACUCUAUCCAUGACGCCUUUGACCUCCAGUUUGGAGUGGUGAUCCUCAGACUUCAGGAUGGACUGGACAUCUCUCACAUUCAGGGGCAAGAUGAGCUUCUAUCGUCCAGCGAGAAGCCACCAAAAAGCAGCAAAGAUGUUCAGAUUUCUGUCAGUUUGGUUAAAGACUCUGAUUCUGACUCCUGUCCUUCAAAAACCACCAGCAACCAAAGCAGCCCGCUCAUCUUGAGAGAUACCAAAUCUCCUCUGAGUCUGACUGACCAGCGUCUCUUGGAGAGCAGCCAGAUGUUUAAGAAGAAACAGGGUAAAGGAACCAUCGACGUCUGGUGGCUGUUUGAUGAUGGAGGUCUGACUCUGCUGAUCCCAUACCUGCUGACCACCAGGAGCAAGUGGGGCGACUGCAGGAUCAGAGUCUUCAUCGGUGGAAAGAUUAACCGAAUUGACCACGACCGCCGAGCGAUGGCCACGUUGCUCAGCAGGUUCAGAAUCGACUUCUCUGACAUCAACGUCCUCGGAGACAUCAACGUGAAACCUAAAAAACACAAUAAGCUGAGCUUUAAGGAGCUGAUCGAGCCGUACAGACUGAGGGAGGACGACAUGGAGCAGGAGGCUGCGGAGAGGCUGAAGGCUCAGGAGCCCUGGAGGAUCACUGACAACGAGCUGGAGCUCUACAAGGCCAAGACCAACCGUCAGAUCAGGCUGAAUGAGCUGCUGAAGGAGCACUCCAGCACCGCCAAGCUCAUCGUCAUAAGCAUGCCUCUGGCCAGGAAGGGCACCGUGUCCAGCGCCCUCUACAUGUGCUGGUUGGAGACUUUGUCCAAAGACCUCCCACCUCUGCUGCUGGUCCGAGGAAACCACCAGAGUGUCCUCACCUUCUACUCAUAACACACAAACACCACACAUACUCUGUCCACACACAGACACACACACAGCCGUUACCUGCACAACAACAGAAGAAUGAUCAGGCUUCGGGUUUUUUGCUGCGAGGAGAUAAAUAUUUCUGCAUUUUUGUUACUAACAAAACAAUAAACAGAGACAGCAUGAUGUUUUCUUAACACCAGGCUGUUUGCUGAAUUCUUUGUGCUUUAAAUGAAGGAAAAUUAACACCAGAAAGCGUUUAUUAUUUUUUAAAUAAUUCAGAAUGUAUGGUCUUAUUUAUACUUUUUUGUUUGUCUCUUAACUUUGUUUGUACA